AGAAAAAAAAAGAAUAGUGUUGCACUCCUAAAACUUUAAAGGGACGUUUGAGCAGUUGGAGUACUCCGAGCUCCGAGUGUGCAUUGCGCAAGUCAUACGCAUCCAACGCGUCGGUGUGCGCGUGUCGUACGUACGCGAAAUCCUUCACUCAUAGCCUCACGCGUAGUAAUUGCGCGGAUUAACACGACACGCGGCCACAGCCACACUAGCGAGGUGGUGAUUGUCCAGGUGAGUCCCGUUGUUGUACCACGCGAUAAGAGAGGUGGAUGCUCUCUCUCUCUCUCUUGGAGAAGAGAGUCGCGAACACGGUGCGCACAUUUCCGAUCCCCGACGCAACGAAGUCGUGCCGUUGGUGGUGACCUGACGUUGCGACUCGUUCUAUCUUUGAAUCGGCGAUCCUUCUGAUUCAAGAGGAGGCGGCGGCUAGAGUAAAAAAUCGCGUACAUCUCGCGAGAAAACAUGCCGGACAGCGGGGCCGUCUACCAACCGACCACCGUCGGUUACACGUACGACAGCGGUGGCGACGGCAGUGGUGGUGGUGGCGGCGGCGGCGCCGCCGGGCUGAGGCACGGCUUCUGGCGCAUCGUAUCCAGGCACAAGCUCAAUUCCAGGAAAUGGUUGGAGUGGACGCUGCUGUCGAUCGCACUAUGCUUCUUUGUCGCCGGCCUCACGACCAUGCUCGUCAACCUCGUCUCCGCAGAAGAGUCUUCGAAGACGAGUGACGGUGCUGCAUCGGAGAUAAAGCCAGAAGGAUAUUCAACGACGGUUCCAGAUAUACAGCAACAUGAAAAUAUAGGAAAGAGUUCUGUGGCGUUAGGUGCCGGGAUAAUGCUGAUCGGUGUAUUGCUUGGCUUUGUUUGGACAUGGCUCACUUUCUUCCAUCAUAGCAAAUCACCAAGGAACGGCAUGACGAGUAGCAGUGGUCAGUACGGGCCAGUACUCACAGAGGUGCCAAGCCAGUUGAAGAUAAAGCAAGCCAACUCGCAUGACAUGCCGGCCAUACCGCUUUCCGACCAAGAGGAGGAAAUGCACACGCUAAUGCAGGACCCUGCGAGCCCGCCUUCGGUUUCCGUUGGAUCUAACACCAUCACUAAUCAAAUUCCAGGUUGAGUAAAACGAUUGCUCCCA